UAAAGCUCUAGGCAGCUGUAGUUGCUUCUCAGUCAACAAUUAGAACGCUAUCAACAAAUAAACUGCAGUACUCAGCUAAAUAAAGCGAAGAAGUAAUAGAAGUAUCGAAGGCGCUUCCAAUAACAAAUAAUAAGCAAUUAGCAAAACAAGUAUUAAGUUUAAAUUAUGAGUGGCGCUAAUAAAGCUAUUCCCGAAUAUCUAAGCGAAGAUACAUUUAAUAACUUACUUUUGCAAACAUUCGAGCGACCAGCACAAAUUCGCUCUUUACAAGUGAUACCACAAAAAUCAUUUGGCAAUUAUUGCAGCGAUAUUUAUCGUGUAACGUUGAAAUACGAGAUCAAUGAUAGCAGCGUAGAUAAAAGUGAUAAUGAUAAGGCAGGUGAAGUGGCUCAACGAGCACCAGCGAACGGAGAACAACGCGUAUUGCACGUGCUCGUUAAAGAUUUAUUUGAAAAUCUCAGCACAAUUUCGAAUGAGAAAUUCAUGUACGCACAAGUAUUGCCCGAGAUCAAUAAAACGCUAAGAAGUUGUGGUCUACAACCGAUCUCACCAAUGGUAUAUUAUACACUAAAGACUGCAGGUGAAACACAUUUCUUCGAGGAUCUGACGCCACGCGGCUAUGUAAUACGUCCGCGCACGAUUGGUUACGAUGAAGAUGAGACGCGUUUGCUUUUCAAGCGUUUGGGAGAAUAUCACGCCGCAUCGCUUAUCUACACAGAAUCGCAUCCAGCCGUGCAGGGUAAAAUGCGGCAAUUCUAUGCGGUCAGUGAUCCAGCGCUGGAGCUUUGCAUUGAAGACCAAAUGUAUGACAAUAUAGAGCAUGUCGCUAAGAUUAUGGAAACUUGGCCUGGAUAUGAGAGCAUAAUUGCGAAAAUGCGAAAGCAUACCCGCGAAGUAUUUCGUAGCAAAUUCCUGCCGUUAUUUGAUGCCUCACAAGCUAAGUUAGCUUUGGUUUUACAUGGCGAUAUGUGGAUUGCAAAUUUACUACUGCAGUAUAACAACAAUGAUGGCAAGGCUGAAGAUGCAGUAUUCUUGGACUACCAGAAUAGCUGCUAUGGCAGUCCUGCCAUCGAUAUCCACAAUCUAUUUAUGACAAGCGUACAAUUGUCUGUGUUAGCGCAUAGCUAUGAUGAUAUUAUUGCGCAUUAUUAUGCUGCUUUUCGUUCAACUUUGUUGGUAGCGAAGUAUCCGGUAGAACGCAUUCCUACAUUGCGGUGUAUUGUGGAUGAACUGCAUCGUACCGAUUACUUUAACUACUAUCUACUUAUUUUUCCAUUCGCUCAAACUAUGCUUAGUGAUGAAUUGGUGAAAGGUAUGAAUUUUAAUAAGCUUCAGGAUAAGCAGCGUGUGGCGCUUAAUCGCGCGGAUAUAUACAGCAAUGAGCGUGUUUUGGAGACGUACAAAUAUAUGUUGAAGGCAUUCGAUGAAAGAGGCUUGCUUGGUUAGUGCAGUGAAGAGUUUCUGGUGCAUAAUUUAUGGCUGUACAGUUUGCAAACCUUAGAUUCAGUAUAGUAUGUGGUUAUAUUUUUAAUACAAAUUUGGAUAAUUUUAAUAUUUUUGUAAGCUUGCUAAUAAACUUGAAAUUCUCGAUGU